CAAGGGUUCGUUUCAGGCAAGGAAAAAAACCUUUGUCUUGUCCAAAAGCAGCAAAGCAAAGUUGUUUUCGAGUUCGUGAAAAAAAAAGAGAUUUUUGCAAAAAAAAAAAAAAACACAAAGUAUGCAGAUAACGAAAUUAUAUAUGGUUGUGAUUCUCUUGAUUGGUUCAGUUCUCGUUGGAACGUGUUCGAAUCGCUUGAUGAAGACAGAUGCGACGCCGUAUGGUGUUGAUGAUAACCUAAUUAAGCUUGUACCCAAAAUAGAUGGUUCGGAAUGGGAUCUCCUUGUUCUUGGUGCCAAAGUUCCCGUUGUGGUUGAAUUCGAGCAUAACGGGCACUGUCCGGAAUGCGAUACGAUGCACCCCGUCCUCGACAAGUUGGCCUCAGAAUUCCCCGGGAAGGUCAAAUUCUAUAGAGUCAGUGACUGCGAGAUUGCGAAACUCUACGGGAUCUUCUCCAAGUGCCCGGUCACGGCGGUAUUCAACGACGGCGACAUCACAAACGACGGUUUCAUCGGAGUUGUCUCCAAGGACAAGUUGGAACAAACCAUUCACAAGUACUUAUUCUAGGCGUGGUUUUGUGCAUCCAAUUCUAACAUUUUUUGUACAUGUCUUGACGUGAGACAUAUGUAGAAACCAUGAAAAAGCCAUUGAUUAACUUAGUCUCUGAAUUAGUGGUUAGGUCAUUUUUAUUCCACGUUUUAGAAUGGAGAGUUUUAUAUAUCUUCAUAAGCUGUAGGAUUCAAUUUCAUAAAAAAAAAUAGAAUUUGUUUUGUA